AUGGACUCGUUCACAGCCACCGAACUGGGCUCAUCCUCCAUUCUCGAGCUGUCUUUCUUUGCUCCCGUCGAUAGCUUGGCGAGCUUUUUUCGUCCGCCUUCUUCGGGCCGUUUGCGGCGACCAGCACCGACGAAAGAUCUGGAACAGGGCGGUCUCGUUCAGGUCUACCCGGGAUUCCAAUCGUUCUCGACUCCGGUGCAUGCAACCAAAGAGAUGUUUCUGUCAAAGUGGUCAAGUAGCAGUGUGACCUCAUUUCCAUCUAACCAGGGCAACGGAGCGCCCACGGACAUGAUUUAG